AUGUCACUUCCGCCAGCAUUACUAGCACGAUUGCAAAAGAGGGGAAUAGUAAAACUAGAAGAAGAAGUGAUAGCAGAAAACUACGAAUCUGAGCAAGCUACAAAAAAAUUCGAAGAAAACGCGUCCGGUGCUCCAGGAUGUCCGAAUCGCUACAACCCAUACCAUGUGUGCGUCGAUUUCUGCUACGAUCAUUGGGGAGACGGAACUCCAGAAUAUAGGCUUCCGGAUAAGUAUAUUGAGCGAAAAAAUCGAAUGUUGGCGAAGUUUCCGCUUCCCGAAGGUUGGGAGGAAGUCUAUGAUCCGGGCGUCGCGAAAUUCUAUUUUUGGAAUCGCACAACUGAUGAAGUGUGUUGGCUGUCACCGAGGCAUCCAAAAGCUUAUAUCAGCGACCCAGCUCCAAGAGUGGCCAGAGAAAACGCACAAGGAUUAUUUGGAGAAGCUGAACCACUUUCUCGUCCUUCUGAGGACCGACGUAAAUCUGAUCGUGGCGAGAGCCGUUGGGGAGAUCGCGAUAGGGAUAGAGAAAAAAACGACAAGAGAAGAAGGAGAGAUCCUGAAGAAGAUGAGGAUGAAGAUGUCUCUGAGAUGGACGAUAGGGCUAGAUUGAAGCGCGCCAAGCGGAAGGGAAUCGAUCCGAUGGAUCCUGCAGCUUAUGGUGAUGCCCCAGUCGGCAAAUGGUCCGACGGAAUGCGUGCCGAACAAGUGACGGGUGCCGAUGUGACCGCCGGCGGACCAUUGUUCCAGCAGCGGCCGUAUCCAGCGCCGGGUGCGAUUCUCCGCAAACAAGGCAAACCGCCGCGCGGCGAUGAUGUCGACCCGAUGCUCUAA